AUGGACUGUUGCUCGCAGAUCAGCAGGGACCACGUGGGCAUCACGGAACGAAUUUUUCGAAACAUGUUACAUCGUCAUCAUAAGCCGACACGUCUUUGCGCGGCGGACGCGUCGGAGAAAAGUGGCAGGGUCUUUGUGUUGGACCUUCUCACAUGCAGACUUGUAGCUGUCGGUGUUGAUCACCACCAUCCACCGCAAGCCUACCACCGCACGCUGAGCGCAACGCGACAUCGACGAACCGACCAUAUCGCGUCGCCGGAAACAAUUCCCGACGUGCAAUCAGAAUAG